GUCUCGACGGGGAGUUUACUAUACAUUCUUACUGAGGUCAAAGUCAUUCUAUUCCAUACAAGUAAAUAGUCCAGUAAAGAAUAAUUUAAUAAAGAGGCCUACAUCUUAUCUAAAAUUUAGCCUACAUGCACUUGUAUUUUUUUUUUUUUAUUAUUAUUGUACAAUGGGUGUAUAUGAUGAAUUGUGUAUCAACUUUGAUAUACCGCUAUUUCAUAAAAGAUAAAAACUUAUUUCAAAUAGUAUUUUUAUCAGAAAGUAAGAAAACAAAGUAUGUUGAAGCAUUGCAGACAUUUUCAGGUCGUAUGAAUAAUUAAUAGUACAACUUGCUCCUUGUGUCGAAAUACCGGAAGUAGCACAUGUUAAGCGUAAACAAAACAUUUAUUAUGAAAAAUGUUGUCGAUUUUGGUACAUAUGCAGUUUCUACGAUGGCUAUUCCCCGCAACUGCAUUGCUUAGUGCUGCUCCCAUACAUAUUACGGUUUGGGCAGCUAUCCGAUUUCUUACCUUGCCCUUUCCGAGGCGUGUGUACAGGUCUGCGGAUGACCUUCUCUACGCAACCUACCAGAGAUAUGUCUUGUUUUUCAUGCACUGUUACACUGGUGCUGAGAUCCACACGUACGGAGAUGCAGAAGCUCUGGCUAAUCCAAAUGAAAAUGCUGUCUUCAUUUGUAACCACCAAUCAACAAUGGAUUGGGUUGUUGCCAAUAUAGUGGCCCUGGAGCACCGAUCUCUCGGGCACGUUCGAUACGUUAUAAAGGACGGACUGAAAUAUUUCCCUCUGUAUGGUUUUUACUUCAAACAACAUGAUUGUAUUUAUGUAAGAAGAGGAAAUUUCAGUAAGCAGUCUAUGGAAAAACAAGUGAAGAGGUUUGCCGCUAGAGAUGAACCAGUUUGGAUGAUAAUAUUUCCGGAGGGAACAAGGUUCAAUCCCAGCAAUAAGGAUCUUGUAGAUAAAACAAGAUUGUUAGCAGAAAAGAAGGGCAUAAAUCCACCCGAGUAUGUACUACUUCCCAAAAUUGGAGCAUUGCAAGUUUGUCUGGAACAAAUGAGAGAGCAUGUCUCGGUGAUUUAUGACGUCACAAUCGCCUAUAGCAACACGGUGAACAGUGCUGGGACCAGACAGGAGGCUCCCGGGAUGCCAGAGUUCUUAAUGCAAACGUCACCUGAAAUUCACCUGAACAUUGAAAAAGUCAAGGUGACCGAUGUACCAGACGAUGUGAACAAAUUACAAGCUUGGUUAGAACAGCAGUUUCAGAAAAAAGACAGGUUGUUGUCCCACUUUUAUUCAGUGGAUAGAGACAAAGCCGGCAGAUUUGAAGGAGAAUGUAAACGUCUGCAGAUUUCUCUCACACAAACCUUGCCAGCAGCCCUCUUUUAUAAUGGCUGCCUCUAUUUGAUGUUGUCAAAUCCUGCCACACGAUCAAUGUACUGGAAGAUCAGCCUGUUCGGAACAUUAAUCGGAUGUGUAUGGAUGUCAUUCAGAUCACAAGCGUAGCUUUAAGUGGUUUUUACUGCGAGUGAAAGUUUGAUUGCACAUUGAUAUUUGCAGAACUAGGUUUACAAGUGUACGGAGUUUUUAAGAGAUUUUAUUUACAAAUGUAGCGUUUAUAUUUGCCUUUUUCCUAUGCAUUGUACUGUCUGGUGUGAUAUUUUUCCAUUGUCUUUUAUAGAAGUUUUUAAGAUGUGUUUUUACAGCAAGACUGCCAUUUCCUUUUAUUGACUGUUUUAUACCAAAAAUGUUCUAGUGAUCAAUGUAGUACAGUUCGCAAUCAAAUGUUACUCCUCCUCCACAUACGAUAGUGGAACAUUCCACAUACAAUAGUGAAACAUUCCACAUACGAUAGUGGAACAUUCCACAUACGAUAGUGGAACAUUCCAUCCUGUAUGUGGAUUCAGUUAAUUAAUCGUACGUGCUUCCCCUUCUUGUAUAAGCUUUGCCUGAUACCGUUACAUAUCCUGACUGUGUUCUGUGAUAGUUACGUAAUACUGUGGUUCUACCAGUUUUUUGUGCCAUUGUUUGGUGAAGUGAGGGAUACUAAUUUGAAUCUGUCUAAUGGUCUGUCUGUAAGACUUAGGUUCUCAGAUGAUACCUCAAAUACUCAAUGAAACUUUAGAUUCUCUAUGAUGACAGGAUGACCCCUUUUGUUUUUGAGGUAGGAAGGUCAGAGAUUAGAUGAGAGAUGUUUCUGGAUAAUGUUUCAAAUACUAUUUACAUGAAGAGUUUUCAUGACUUAAGGGGGAAUAAUACUACACCAUUAUAAUGGCUGAUUUCAUUUCGAACAGCAAUACAUGUAUAUUCCUUUUAAAUCAGAUUGCCUAGCUGUGUAGCUCAAUUGGUCAGCAUGUUGACUGCUGAUCUUCAUUAGUUUGUGCAUUCGAGAUUACUUUCUACUAAAUUUGCAUAAUUAUUUCAAGUACCAGGUAAAUAAGGUAAAUUCGAAAGUUUUCAAUUUCAAAAUAUUACUGUACAUACAUAUCCUCCACUUUUUAUCUAUAUCAGAUAUCUCUGGUGUUAUUCCUCCUUAUAACCAUUACAUCGGUUGUUUUUAGAUUAAAACACUCAGGUCACUGGUUCAUAUCAUAAUGGUAAGAAAUCUGAUAUCUCAAUACUAUUCAAGAUUCAGCAAUGAUAUUUCACAUGCAGGGUUUUUAUCACAAAAGGAUGACCUGUCACUUCCAGAAUUCAAGGUCACCAGUUCACACAAGGUAACAAAUUGUCUUUGGGUUAUUAAAAUCGGAUAUUGCACUGAAAAUUCACAAAAAGAGUUUUUGUUAAAACAAAAUAAUUUCCAUUUCUAAAUAAGCACAAAUCAAAUAAAUGUACAUAUUGUACAUGUAUCUUCAGGCAGGUGACGCAAGUUCACUGAAUUUCGCUAAUUAGCUCCAAAUUAUGAGGGUGAUGAAAUGGAAUUUUGGUUAUGAAUAAAAUGGAAGCACAUCAAUGACAGGGGAAUCUGAAUUCAGGAUUGAUUAGGACUUAAAAUGUUAAUUAAAACUUCAGUCUUUUUGUUCGUCAUUCAUUACUGGUGUGUUCAGUGGAAAAUAAGAUCUGUGUUGAUCAAAGAUUUUUUUUAUAAAAUAUUGAACUACA